GCUUGCGCGCUCGUGCGGCUGCAGCUGUCUUUCUCGCCGGAUCAGCGCCAGCUUGCCUCGGGCGGAGAGGGAGACUCCCCGGGGCUCUGCCCGAGAACUCCCGCAUCUCAGCCUCGGGCGCCCACGGGAGAAAGCUAAGUGCUCGCAGGUGCAGCCCGUGUCCCAGAACCGCCCCGGAACGCCCACCCCCGGACAUCACCCCUAUAAAGCCUUGACUUUCGAACGUUUGCUAGAGCCUGCAGCGCAGCGCGCGCGGGGAGAGUGGGGUCCACGGCGGAGAAGGGGGUGAGCAGGACACACCGGUGAUGGACGGACCGACCUGGCGCGCGGGCUGUUGCAGUCUCCUCCUUCUGGCUCUCGUUGGAUUUACCCGAAGCGAAGGCGUGCAGAGCUGCGAAGAAGUUCGGAAACUUUUCCAGUGGCGCCAGCUGGGAGCGGCCAAGGGGCUGCCGGAUUCGCCGAGGCCAGGACCUGACCUUCAGGUAUGCACAUCCCGAAAGCCUACCUGUUGCACCCGGAAGAUGGAGGAGAGGUACCAGGUUGCAGCUCAUCAGGACAUGCAGCAGGUGCUUCAGGCCUCCAGCUCUACCUUAAAGUUUCUGAUCUCUCGAAAUGCUGCUGCUCUUCAAGAAACCCUUGAAACUCUCAUCAGACAAGCAGAAAAUUACACCAGUAUACUUUUCUGCAACACCUACAGGAACAUGGCCUUAGAGGCUGCCACUUCAGUUCAAGAGUUCUUCACUGAUGUAGGGCUCUAUUUAUUUGGUGCAGAUGUUAAUCCCGAAGAGUUUGUGAACAGAUUCUUUGACAGUCUUUUUCCUCUAGUCUACAAUCAUCUCAUUAACCCCGGUGUGACGGACAGUUCCCUGGAAUACUCGGAAUGCAUCCGGAUGGCUCGCCGGGAUAUUAGUCCUUUUGGUAACAUCCCCCAAAGAGUGAUGGGGCAGAUGGGGAGGUCACUGCUGCCCAGCCGCACGUUUCUGCAGGCCCUGAAUCUGGGCAUUGAAGUCAUCAAUACCACAGACCAUCUGCACUUCUCCAAAGAGUGUGGCAGAGGCCUCCUCAGGAUGCAGUACUGCCCGCAGUGCCAGGGCCUCAUGCUCAGUAAGCCCUGCAUGGGGUACUGCCUCAACGUCGUGAGGGGCUGCCUGGCACACAUGGCGGAGCUGGAUCCGCACUGGCACGCGUACCUCAGGUCGUUGGAAGAGCUUUCAGAUGCCAUGCAUGGGGCGUAUGACAUAGAACACGUGCUCCUGAACUUCCACUUGCUUGUUAAUGAUGCUGUGAUGCAGGCGCACCUGGAGGGACAAAAAUUAUCGGAAGAGGUAAAUAAGAUUUGCGGCCAUCCAAUCAGAACACCCACACAAAGCCCCCCUUGUUCUUUCGAUGGGAGUAAACAGAAGCUUGGAAUGAAGAUCUCCGCAAGAAAUGGCGAAGAGACACUUGCCAACAGAAGAAAAGAAUUUAUCAACAGCCUUCGCCUGCACAGGACAUUUUAUGGGGGCCUGGCUGAUCAGCUCUGUGGCAACGACUUGGCCGCUGCUGAGGGAGUGGCCUGCUGGAACGGAGAAGACAUCGUAAACAGUUAUACUCAGCGUGUGGUUGGAAAUGGAAUCAAAGCCCAAUCUGGCAAUCCUGAAGUCAAAGUCAAAGGCACUGAUCCUGUGAUAAAUCAGAUCAUUGAUAAACUGAAGCAUGUUAUUCAGCUGUUACAAGGCAGGUCCCCCAAACCGGACAAGUGGGAGCUGCCCGUGGGCAGUGGCGGCGGCCUGGCUGAGCAGGGCAGCGGGGACUGUGAUGAUGAAGACGGCUGUGGGGGAUCGGGGAGUGGAGAAGUCAAGAGGACGUUGAACAUCGCAGACUGGAUGCCAGAUGAGAUGAACCUCAGCGAUGUAAAGCAAAUCCAUCAAACAGACGGUGGUAAUCCCUUAGACACAACGGGAGCAGGAUGUACAGCAGCAACCGAGUCCAUGACAUUUCCUCUGCUGGGUGCUGUGAUGUUGCUUCCUGGGCUUUGGUAACUGAACUCUCCUCCCUGAUUCCUGUGUCUUAUCCACGUCUGAUUUCUCCCCUCCUCUUCAGAUUGGAAUAAGGGAUCUUUUUUAAUGUAACAGUUAUAUUUAUGAAAGGUAUGGAAUGCUAACUUCCUAAAAAACAGUUGGAAGGUUCACAAAAUAUCUAAAAAUCAACAUUCAAAAGAUAGACUGUCUGAAAACCUGCUUGCUUUGAAUCUAACUUAAACCUUCUUAAAUUCUAACAUAUUAAACUGGCAAAUACAGAACUGACUAUGAUUAAGAAGGCUUUAGUAUAUCUGUAAUUUAACUCUCCUAGGUUCCAAACCCCGUCCUUUCUAAAACAAAAAUAUUUUAAAUUGAAGAUGUACUUGCAGGACCAUAAAAACAGUACAGAGUGUUUUGUUAAGAAUACUAGAAUUAGGAUUUCAUUAAAUGAAUCAAAGUAAAAUGGCAAGUAGUAUGCAUGAAUUUUCAAGAAAUUCUUCCAUUUUUACAAGCUACAGAAAGAAAUUACUGAACGUCUAUAUAUCAUAGAGUAGAUUGCUGAGGAACAUUUCAUGUAAUUUCCCUGAAGAAGAUUGAUAAUCCCUGUAACUUAGCCACUGACAAACCUUAAAGCUGAGUAUUUGGGUAAUGCCUGAUCUGUAUUCCGUUCUUUGGUAUUGUGGCUCUGAUCUUGCCUCCAAUUCUGUAAUGGAUUUAGCUAUGUUGCAAAGCACAUGCCUGCUCGAGGAAUAUCUCUAAUAAAGCCAUUAAUUGUCUGGUGGAAAACUCUAAAGAAUAUUGAUCA